AUGAGCAAAGCACAGAAGGAUUCUUUGGAAGAGAAACUACUUCAGCUUGAAUGCCACUUCACAUGGUCUGUUAAAGAGGAAUUAUUUGAAUUGGACAGGAAAAAGCGAAGACUGGAAGAAUUAAUAAUCGAUGGCGUAAAGUACCAAGCCAUGCCUUACAACUAUCUUGCUUUUAUAACUGGUCACCAAGGCAAGUACGAAGAAGCGCUUGAAAACUUACAGAAAGCUGAAGAGAUUCUGCGCAAGAAUCACAAACAUGAUUUUGAAAGAAGAAGCAUCAUCACCUAUGGAAACUAUGCCUGGGUAUAUUAUUACAUGGACCAGCUCACAGAUGUCCAGACCUAUCUUGAUAAGCUGGAGAGGAUCUGUAAACUAUUUCCUAAUGCAUCUCGUCAUUCAGUAAUGACAUCUGAAAUAUAUGGGGAGAAGGGCUGGGCACUGCUAAAUUGUACUGGAAUAUGUUAUGAAGAAGCAAAGGAAUGUUUUCUGAAGGCACUGGAGGAAGAUCCUGAUGAUACUGAAUGGAACAUGGGUUAUGCCACUGUUCUGUUUCGUCUGGAAUCAUCUGAUGGCACUGCCGAGAACCUCACACCGAGUAGAGCAAUACCACAAUUACGACGUGUGUUAGAACUUGAUCCAAAUGACUCCAAAGCCAUGGUGUUACUGGCUCUUAAACUAAGAGAAGUAAAUGAAGUAAAUGAAGGCUUAACAUUAGUUGAGAAGGCACUGAAGAUCUCUCCUAAUCGUCCGUAUGUGAUUUACUAUGCAGCAAUAUUUUUAAGAAGAGCUCAUGCCAUAGAUAAAGCUGUGGAGCUGCUGAAGAGAGCAAUAACAAUCACACCAGAAGCAGCAUUCCUGCACCAUCAGAUAGGUCUGUGUUAUAGAGUCAAGUUGAACGGAUUGAAAACAUGUCCAGGCAGCAGCAACGCUGAAUUUGAAGCAAGAGCUGAAUUGAUUGAACUAAUCAAGUACCAUUUUGACAAGGCAUUUUUAGUAAAAAAAUCAUUUAUUGCUGCACAACUGGAUUUCGCAGAUAGCUGUUUAAUGAAUCAAGAACAACGCAAAGCUGUUCAACACAAACCUACUUAAAUUAGAACACACCCAUCCUGAAAAACAGUUGUGUUUUUGAAGGUUGGCUUAUUUGAAAUGUAUCGCAAAAAAUCUGAUUUGAAUGCUGCUGAAUUUUUCUUGAAAGGAAUGGAAGUCCAAUACAAGUCCUACCAUAGAGAGAAUUGCCGCAGAAAUUUGGAAAAGAUGAUGCAAAGACGACUCUACAGAAGUCCAAGAGACAACAUUUCCUUUGGUUUCCUUGGGUCCAUGCAUCAGCUGGAUGGGGAGAAGCCACAGGCUGUUGAAUACUUUGAAAAAGCCCUGAGGUUUAAUCCAAACAAUGAAGAAUAUCUAAAUGCUCUUUGUGAAUUACGUCUUACUAUCUAGGGAAAUGAUAACGUCCUCAGUUAAAACUAAGAUGUAUGCUAAAUAUCAAGCUUAUAAACUCUUCUAGCUAAAUCUACGUCUGUAGGGUGGAUGAUUGGACAGAAUAACAAUAACAAUUUGCACUUAUAUAGCGUCCUCCAUGCCGGGCAGCAUCUCAAGAGCGCUGACAAUGGUGGAGCCCAAGGCCGAGCCAGGGGGAGGGGGAAGGUGACUAUA